UAACGUCACAGCCCUCACACAAAACGCCAAAUAACGAAGCAUCGUUCCGAAUCAACGACUCCCAUUGCAGCUGUGAUCACAACAUCUACCCGCCCUCGUCAAGUUAGCAUCUUCCUCUCCUUUCAGUUUUCGGCAAUUAAAAGAUAUCGUAAAUUGUGUUUUCCAACUGCCAAAGCAAAAUUCCGUUGUUUUUUCCGAUUGCUCCUCCUUUACUUGCGUUCUAACUCCCCGCAAAAUAUCCACCUCGAUUUUCCCGUAAAACGAAGAAAAUGUUGAACGCAGAUACAAAUUUAGCAUAAGAUUGUUGUUGCUAUUGGGCACUCUUGGUGGACCUGCUUCUGCUUGUGCUCUAUGAUCAUUGUCUAGCUGAAGGAUAAUGUCCAAUCUCAAUCUGGAAUUUUCUGCAUAUAUCGAAUGCAAAUUCAUUGUUAGUUGUUGGCGGACUAUGAUAGUUCUACAGGUUGCAUGUUGAAUUUGAAGAAUGGCUUUUGUAACAGGAGGGUAGUUUUCUUGUGUAUACUAUAUCUUAUAAGGUAAAGGGUACUGUUGCCAUACAGAAAGGACAGAAGGAAGGAAAGUAAUACACAAUAGAAGGCUUUAUGGAGUGGACACCCUUCACAUUGUCUGAGACUCUGAAAUAUAGUAAAACAUAGAAUUGAUCAAAUCAAGGGAAGACCUUUUGUUACAACAAAUUCUAAGUUUCUGGUGUAUGGGUUUGGUGGAUAUUCUAUGUUGUUCCUUAUUUCUUUUUACACUGGUUGAGUCCACUAGCAGAUCAGGGAUUAUGUGGUCCCUAAACGGUGGUCUGGAGUCUACCGGGACUAUCAGCUGGACAGUCUUUAGUUCAAGUGCAUUUGUACUUGUAGCUCUCAUCCUCUCCACAUAUCUAAUAUUUGAGCAUUUAUCUGCCUAUAAUCAGCCUGAGGAGCAGAAGUUUUUGAUUGGUCUCAUUUUAAUGGUUCCUGUUUAUUCCUUGGAAUCGUUUUUGUCACUAUUGGAUUCCAGUGCAGCAUUUAACUGUGAAGUUAUUCGGGACUGCUACGAGUCUUUUGCAUUAUAUUGCUUUGAAAGAUACUUGAUAGCUUGCUUAGGUGGUGAGGACAAAACAAUUCAAUUUAUGGAAAGUAUGAGCCUAACAGACUCCAGCACUCCUCUCCUAAAAGAAUCAUAUGCGUAUGGAGUUGUAGAGCAUCCAUUUCCCUUAAAUUGCUUCUUAAGAGACUGGUAUCUUGGCCCUGACUUCUAUCAAUCUGUAAAAAUUGGCAUCGUACAAUAUGUAUGUUUGAUUUUGAUGAUAGUGAAAAUGAUCUGUGCAUUGCUGGCAAUGAUCCUCCAGUCUUUUGGAGUUUAUGGAGAGGGGAAGUUUGAAUGGAAAUAUGGGUAUCCGUACUUGGCAUGCAUUCUUAAUUUUAGUCAGACAUGGGCCCUGUAUUGCCUAGUACAGUUCUAUUCUGUCAUUAAAGAUAAAUUGGAGCCAAUCAAACCAUUGGCAAAAUUUCUAACUUUUAAGUCAAUCGUCUUCCUAACAUGGUGGCAAGGUUUGGCUGUUGCAUUUCUUUUUUCCAUGGGAGCAUUUAAAGGGUCAUUAGCUCAAGAGCUGAAAACACGAAUACAAGACUAUAUUAUCUGCAUUGAAAUGGGCGUUGCUGCUGUUGUGCACCUUUAUGUCUUUCCUGCAGUACCUUACAAAAGAGGAGAAAGGUGUGUCCGUAACGUGGCAGUGAUGGCAGACUAUGCAUCACUAGGGACACCUCCUGAUCCUUUUGAGGUUCAAGAUUCUGAGCGCUCAACUAGAAUGCGGUUGGGUCGGCCUGACCAGGGACAGAGGCGUAUGAAAUUUACCCAUAAUGUUCGUGACGUGGUCUUGGGAAGUGGUGAAAUCAUUGUUGACGACAUGAAAUUUACAGUUUCACAUGUGGUAGAACCUGUUGAAAGGGGUAUUGCAAAGAUAAACAAAACCUUCCAUGAGAUAUCAGAAAAUGUGAAACGCCAUGAAGAGGAGCGGAGGAGAAGCACCAAGGCCAAGGAUGACAGUUACGUGGUUCCCCUACGUUCAUGGAGAACAGAAUUUUCUGAUGUUCAUGACAGACUUGUGGAAGGAAGUGUCAGUGAUAGUGGUUUGCCCAGCAGAAAGAGUCAAAAUAUUCAAUCCAAAGCGUCAGCAUCCAGGAUGAGAAGAUAGUAGUUUUAUAGUUGAACAACGUAAAGUUUGCACAUACAAAAUAGAAAAAUCUGAUAGAUUUUUACGUCAAAUUGUAACUCAAAAGGACAUAAUCUGGUGAGCAUUUUAAAAAUUUGUAUAAAUAUCUUGUGCCAGUUUCA